GACAAUCACGCAGCAAUGACAUCCUGUAAUCUCGCGAGAGGAGACGUUUCAGCCAAAGAAAUUAUGGAUGUCGGUGUGAACGGUGGUGUGUUACCUGUCAACAAUAAACAGAGAGCCAUGAUACCGAAUAAAAGCAGGGGCGAAUUUAUCCGCAACCAAAGAAAGGAUUCAGAGGGCCUCUCCGAGUCACCAGACCUCGAGUUUGAAUAUGCUGAUACAGAUAAGUGGGCUGCAGAGCUGUCAGAGCUCUACAGUUACACAGAAGGACCAGAGUUUGCCUUUAAUAGGAAAUGCUUUGAGGAGGAAUUUAGGGCACAUGUGGCUGAUACAAAGUGGAUAGAACUUGAUGCCGCACAGCACAGAGCACAUGCCAUGCGGCUUUUGGACAGCCUGGAGGUGAUUGCCCGGGAAAAGCGGCUAAAGGUUGCCAGAGCCAUUCUUUACAUGGCUCAGGGAACUUUUGCUGAAUGCAGCUGUGAAGCUGAGGUGCAGCACUGGAUGAGAUACAAUAUCCUUCUGCUGUUGGAUGUGGGGACCUUCUCUGCUCUAGUGGAACUACUUAACAUGGAGAUCGAUAACAGUGCUGCAUGUAGUAGUGCCGUACGGAAGCCAGCCAUCUCCCUCGCAGAUAGCACAGAUCUCAGAGUGCUCCUUAACAUCAUGUACCUCAUGGUGGAGACCAUUCAGCAGGAUGACCCAGCAGACAGGCCUGAGUGGAGAGUCAUCAGGGAGACCUUCAGAGCAGAACUGGGAUCUGCUCUGUUUAACAAUGAGCCUGUUUCUGUCAUGCUCUUUGGUAUGGUGACCAAGUUCUGCAGUGGCCAUGCUCCACACUUCCCAAUGAAGAAGGUGUUACUGCUGCUGUGGAAAAGUAUACUGUUCACACUUGGAGGUUUUGAGCAGCUCCAAAGCAUAAAAGUAUGUAAACGAGAGGAGUUGGGAUUGCCUCCCAUGCCAGAGGACAGCAUCCGAGUAAUUCGCAGCAUGAGGGCUGCGUCUCCUCCUGCGUCUGCAUCUGAUCUUAUAGAGCAACAACAGAAACGGGCACGCCGUGAGCACAAGGCGUUGAUCAAACAGGACAACUUGGAUGCAUUCAAUGAGAAAGAUCCUUAUAAAGCAGAUGACUCUCGCGAUGAUGAGGAUGACAAUGAUGACAAUGACAACUCCUUAGAUGCAGAAACAUUCCCGCUGGAGAGGGAUGAGGUGAUGCCUCCACCUGUUUCUCACCCUCCAUCAGAGAGGGUCUCCUUCCCCAAAGGGCUGCCGUGGGCUCCGAAAGUCAGGGAGAAAGACAUUGAAUGUUUCCUGGAAUCAAGUAGAAGCAAAUUCAUUGGUUACACACUUGGAAGUGACACAGAUACAGUUGUUGGCCUGCCAAGGCCAAUUCAUGAAAGCAUCAAGACAUUAAAGCAGCACAAAUAUGUGUCCAUCGCUGAGAUUCAGAUUGCCAAAGAAGAAGAGUAUCAGAAAACUCCCCUUUCUGGGGGUGAAGAGGAGUUGGAGAUGUGUGCCACUGAGCUGCUGUAUCAGGGAAUUCUUCCCAGUUUGCCUCAGUACAUGAUUGCAUUACUGAAGAUCUUGCUCGCUGCUGCACCAACCUCCAAGGCCAAGACUGAUUCCAUCAACAUCCUGGCAGAUGUGCUGCCAGAGGAGAUGCCGACCACAGUGUUGCAAAGCAUGAAACUUGGUGUUGAUGUGAAUCGACACAAAGAAAUCAUUGUGAAGGCCAUUUCUGCCAUCCUGCUGCUGUUGCUGAAACACUUUAAACUAAACCACGUUUACCAGUUUGAGUACAUGGCUCAACAUUUGGUGUUUGCAAACUGCAUUCCGCUAAUUCUGAAGUUUUUCAACCAGAACAUCAUGUCCUACAUCACAGCUAAGAAUAGUAUUUCAGUACUUGAUUUUCCUCACUGUGUGGUGCACGAGCUGCCGGAGUUAACUGCAGAGAGUUUGGAAUCAGGAGACAACAAUCAGUUUUGCUGGAGGAAUCUGUUUUCGUGCAUUAACCUGCUGAGAAUCCUCAACAAACUGACAAAGUGGAAGCACUCCAGAACCAUGAUGCUUGUAGUGUUCAAGUCAGCUCCCAUUCUGAAGAGGGCGCUAAAAGUCAAGCAGGCGAUGAUGCAGCUCUACGUCCUCAAACUCCUCAAAGUGCAAACUAAAUAUUUGGGCCGUCAGUGGAGGAAGAGCAACAUGAAGACAAUGUCAGCCAUCUACCAGAAAGUUCGACAUCGCCUCAAUGAUGAUUGGGCCUAUGGAAACGAUUUGGAUGCUCGUCCAUGGGACUUCCAGGCGGAGGAGUGUGCUCUGCGGGCUAACAUUGAGCGUUUCAACAGUCGCCGCUAUGACAAAAACUACAGCAAUCCAGACUUUCUGCCUGUAGAUAACUGCCUGCAAAGUGUUCUCGGUCAAAGAGUGGACCUGCCAGAGGACUUCCAAAUGAACUAUGACCUCUGGCUGGAGCGUGAAGUCUUCUCUAAACCUAUUUCUUGGGAAGAACUGCUGCAGUAAGAACCAACAACUUUCAGAAUUGUCCUUUUUUUUUAAUAUAAAUACAUUGAAACUGUUUGAAGUAGGAAUCCAGUUUUUACCAACACUAGAAAACAUUAUAUUGUGAGUUCUCUAUGGAAUGAGGAUGGGACUUAUUCUGAGAAAUCACCUGGAUAUUAUCGUCAUGUACCGUUGUAUUAUUCUUGUUGGGUUGGUGUGGUUUGUGAACAGGACUACAUGCUUUCCAUGAUGAUAUGUUGCUUUUUUAACAAGUUUUGAAAUAUUUAGAUUCUUUUGGGCAGCGUGGUGGCUUAGUGGUUAGCACUGUUGCCUCACACCAAGAAGGUCAUGGGAUUGAUUUCCUCAUGUGACCUUUCUCUGUUCUGCCUGACUUUGUGUGGGUUCCCUCCGGGUGCUCCGGCUUCCUCCCGCAUCCAAAAAGACAUGCAGGUUAGGUGGAUUGGAAACUUUAAAUUGUCCGUAGGUGUGCACACAGGUGUGAUUGCGUUUGUUUGUCUAUAUGUGGCCCUGCGACAGACUAGCAUCCUGUCCACGGUGUACCCUGUCUCAUGCCCUAUGACUGCUGGGAUAGGCUCCAGCCCCCUUCCCCCUGGUUGCCCUUGGAGCAAGUGGUUGCAGAUGAGUGAGUCAGUAGAUUCUUUUGUUAUUACAAAUGAUGUUAAUUUUACCUGCUUGAAGACUGUUGAAUCCUGCUCCAGAUUUUCCAGUGAACAAGUACACUCUGUGAUCUGUGUGCUUUGACGCAGUACAUUAUGUUCACAUUAUUUAAAAUGAUUCCAUGGAAGAGGGUUUAUGGUUUAACUACCCGGAUGCAGCACAGAUGACGGUGCUUUGUGUAAAUGUAUUGAGCCUUGGCUCAACAAACUCACGAUAGAAAAAAAUUUAAUGUGUGACGCGUAGCAUCUUCAGGGAUGUUAAAAUGGUCAGCCAUAAUGUAAAUAUGUACAAAUACAAAACAGGUGUUACUUUUUAGUAGUUAGAAUCUGAAGGCCCCAAAAUUAUUGUACAUUAAGAAGCCUUUGUUGUUAACCUGCUGAGUUAGCAUGGUUGUGGUUUUUUUUUCCCUGAAUGAGUGAGAGUUGCUUUCCCAUCUUUGCUGUGAAAAUGUAAUCAUUCAGAUAUUGACUGAAUAAUGGGUUGGAUUAACAUGAAAUAAAAUAAUAAGACCUUAAAUUUGCAAUGAAAGCAGUCGUCCUCCAAAAUUCCUCCUUCAUAAGUCAGAAAAUAGCUAAGCCCCACUUUCAAAUAGUAUUUCAUAUUUCUUAAAUGUUGUGUAAAAUGGUAUCAGAAAGGCCCCAUUUUAAUGAAAUGAAAAUAAAUUUUUUAAAAGUACACAAAGGUGCCAGGAAACAGUAUGGUAGAUACUAAAAACCUGCUCACAAAAUAAAAUGCGUGAAUUUCUUCUGACACCAUUCAGAAGAAUUUCCAUAUGGAUCUGUUGUAUAAAUCACAAUUGCUGAGACUGCACACAUGAAAGAGUGGUGAGAGCAGUUUGUACACCAUGAACAUCCAUAGAGGAGAUUUUGGUAUUUUAUCACAAGGUUGCAGCUUUUGAAAAUGCCACAAUGCCAGUGGUGAUGUCAGCAUCACGAAACACAACAACAGAUGAUUAUAGA